AAACUGCCGGAGUUGGUCCAGCGCCGUCCCGGGAGCGUGGGCGCGGGAGCGAUCGGGCUUGGUUGGGGCAUGCGGGAGCUCGGCGAGGGGACUCUUCGGGAACUCCGGGGCGCGGAGAAACAUGGCACUCCCCACGCUGCCCUUCCACUGGUGCAGCCGGAGGCUCCUGGACCAGCAGGCGGCCCGACAGCGACACCGAGAGCAGCAGGCCCGGCUUCGGCAGCAGUGGGACCAGAACAGUCACUACUUCCGGAUGUCUGAUAUCUGUAGCUCCAAGCAGGCGGAAUGGAGCUCCAAGACGUCCUACCAGCGGAGCAUGCAUGCCUAUCAGCGUGAGAAGAUGAAGGAGGAGAAGCGGAAGCAGCUGGAAGCCAGGCGGGAGAGACUGAGGCAGCUGCUCCUGGAGGAGCAGGCCCUGCUGGCCAAAGAAGUGGAGGAGCUAAGGCUAAGCAUGGAUGCGCGGGAAGGCCGAAUCCGGGAGCGGCAUGGCGAUCUCAGGUCGGCCCGAGAAGAGCAGAGGAAGCUGAUUGCCGAACAACUUCUGUAUGAACACUGGAAAAAGAACAACCCUAAACUUCGAGAGAUUGAAUCAGCCCUUCACAAGGAGCAUGUGAUAAGCUCUUGGAAAGUACAGAGAGAAGAAAAAAAACAGCAAGAAGCCACCCAAAAGGAAGAGAAGAAACGAUAUGAAAACGAAUAUGAAAAGGCCCAAAGGGAAGCGCUGGAGCGGAUGAAAGCAGAAGAGGAGAGGAGGAGGCUGGAGGACAGACUCCAGGCUGAGGCGCUGCUCCGGCAGAUGGAGGAGCUGAAGCUGAAGGAGAUGGAGGCCACCAAACUGAAGAAGGAGCAGGAGAAUCUGCUGAAGCAGCGGUGGGAGCUGGAGAGGCUGGAGGAAGAGAGGAAGCAAAUGGCAGCCUUCCGGCAGAAGGCAGAGCUGGGACGUUUUUUGAGACAUCAGUAUAAUGUGCAACUUAAUAGGCGUGCACAGCAGAUCCAAGAGGAACUGGAGGCGGACAAGCGUAUCCUGCAGGGGCUCCUGGAGACGGAGGACGAGAACCAGCGCGCGCACCUGGCCAGGCGGGAGCAGGCCCUGGCCGAUGCGGCGUGGAUGAAGCAGGCCAUCGAGGAGCAGCUGCAGCUGGAGAGGGAGCGGGAGGCAGAGCUGCAGCUGCUGUUGAGGGAGGAGGCCAAGGAAAUGUGGGAAAAGAGAGAGGCGGAGUGGGCCCGGGAGAGGAGCGCACGAGACCGACUGAUGAGCGAGGUUCUGACAGGGAGACAACAACAGAUACAAGAAAAGCUUGAACAAAACCGACGGGCACAGGAGGAAUCCCUGAGACACCGGGAGCAACUUAUUCAGAAUCUUGAGGAGGUCAGAGAGUCUGCUCGUCGCGAGAAAGAGGAGAGCAAAGAACUGAAAUCGGCCAGGAAACAGGAGCUGGAGGCCCAGGUUGCGGAGCGCCAGCUGCAGGCAUGGGAGGAGGACCAGCAGGAGGAGGAGGAGGAAGAGGAGGCCAGGCAGGCAGAGCAGCUCACCGACACCCAGCUACAGGAGGAGGCGAAGAAGAUGGCCAUGCAGGGCUACUGGCCCAAGCCCUACGGACGUCCCCGAAUUGCUUGGAACUGACUUUGUUGGUAUCAUGAGCACAGAGACUGAGGUCGCUGAGGCCUUUGAUAUGCAGGCACUGGACAGUUAUACAGUGUUCUGUUUGAGGGUCCGGGUCACUGUGUAACAGUUCAGUGAGCCUGUUCAGGUCCACAGUUAAACAGAGCAAGGCCAGCCGGCAUGCUGUAGAUACGCAGCACCCAGCAGGAGGCCUUUUCCUGCCUCUUGUAUCCAAGAAAGGGGCUCUCACAGUCGCAUUUGGACAGUGCUGUCACAGUCCCCUUAAAGACCGAUAAAGGCAGAUUCUACAUCAACGUGAGGAGUAGGGCAGGAUAUAUGAUUUCCUGUUGCCUCCCCCUGUCAACCUCCAGUAAAGACUCCAGCUAGAGAGAGGAGGAAAGUUGCUCAGUUUUUAAAUUUGCCACUUAUUUAUUUCUUUAUUCUAUUGACAACAAACUCCUAAGUUUCAGUGCAGUUUAUUUCAGGAUUUAUUAAUGUAGUGGUCCCAGAAGGAGCACGUCUUAUUUUCUGGAAGCAAAAAAGCUAUGAACCCCGAGACAGUCUGGUGUGCUUUACAGAUGCCUUCCGGAAAGCUGUCGAGAAAUGGGUCUUUCCUCCUUUAGGAAAUAUAUGGUAGAAUUUCCGUGGAGCACUGUGUGUCCUGAUCCCAACAUGUAUGUUACUGAGCCCCAAAAGGGGACCUCGGAAGGUCACCUGGUUGGCUACCAUUUUGGCAUGACACCUUGGAGCUCUUCUGUCUUGGGAAGGUCUCAGCAACAGGCAGCCUUCUAGGAUUUAUGUGUCCAGAGGAAGGGGCAUGAAGACUGAAGAAACUAGAUCACACUCAACUCAACCGGAUUGGCCAGAACUUUUUCUUCCCACUGUUCUAUCCAUGUGACACAGUUCUAGAUUAAUCUCUACAAAUAGCUAUAAGUUCCUUGUAGCAAUAAUCAUAUUUUUAUGAUUUGUAUUUUUUUCACAUUCUUCCUCUGAGGUUUUAGUUUUCAUUAUACUGUAUUUAAGAUUCCACAUUUCAGUAAAUUACAGAUAAUUAUAGAUAGGGUUGUGUGCCAGGUUAUUAAAAACCAGAGUUUAUUAAAAAAAAAAUCCUGAGUGUAAAGGCUGCAUUGCCUUUCACAUCCAUUGUGCUAUAAAAACAAAUGGAGCAGCAAACUGCAUCCUUAAUCUGUUUUUCGUUUUCUUGUCUUGAAUUUCUUUGGCUAUGACCCCCUGAGCACUACUUUCAUUAUGCUUGCUCGUAUUUGUUUCCUCUGUUUCAGAUGUUCGUUUAUUAUGAAAUAAAGUUCUGUUCUGACAGCA